AUGGAAACUGACAUAAAUAUCCCUAAAACCAAAGCUGUUAAUGUUUUCUUUUAGUUUGCUAGAAUGCAAUUCUAUUUAACUGUCUUUUCGAAUUUGUUACCUAUUAUAAUAAGCUACACAAAUUAAGUUUGCUCAAAUGAGGGAAUAAAAUUAAUCUCUUUAAGCUACAAAGGUGAUAUAGUACUGUUAAUUUUAAAUAUAAUCUCACUACUAUUUAUAUGGCUCAAGGAACCAUUUGCAAGACUUGAAUUUUUUGUAAUGUAUGCAAUUAACAUAUGUUGGAGCGGAAUCAUGAUCGGUUAGACAUAUUUAGAUGUUACAACACAGCCAAACGAAUGUGAAGGAGUUAUCUUAUCAUAGAAAUUGAUACUCUUUUUUCAUUUGAAAACUCAUUUAGAAGUUUUACUAACUCUAUUUUCUCCAAUAUUAUUUGCUUUCAGAAUAACAAAUUUACCAAAUUCGUUCUUUGCAAUUUAUUUGAUAUUGGCAGCAAAUUCACCAUAAUCAUUGUGUUCAAGAGACAUAUCUAACAUUGAAUUUGGACUGUUAUUUAUAGCUUUAAUAUCCUGUUUAAUUGGUUUGCCUCUAAACAUUGGAUUGUUUUUAACAAAGAAGGUUACAAUCCCAAAUUUGUUCCGAUUUUUAUUAAUGUUGACAAUAAUAGGUUAGAGUGGUUUAAUAGCUCUCAUUUAUUAGGCUGACGUGGAUCUAAGAUCGGAAUGCAGUCCAACUCAUCUCCUAUACAGGUCUUAUUUAUAUAUAAUUCCAAUUACAAUCUUAAGUGCUUUAAGCUUAUUGUUUUCAAUGCCAGUUUAAGAUCAUGAUGAAAUUAGAUAGCUCUUAAUUCAAGCUAGAAUGAAACCUCUAAAAGCACAAUUACCAAUAUAAUAAGAUGUCACUAAGGCUUAAGUCCAAUAAAAUCAGGAUGAAAUCUUAAACAAAUCUGCAAUUGAUGUGGGAAAGUCACCAAUUGGAGCUAAGUCUCAAGUUGGAGCAAAAUCAUAAUAUGGAACUAUUAGUAGAAGAGGAUGA